UCAUUUCCUAGUGACUACAUUACCCAUGAGCACACGCGCGACAAAACUACAACAGGCAACAUGGCGGGGUUUUUGGGUUUCCUGAAAAAUGCUUGGAAUAAGGAACCUGUCAUCGUGGUAUCAUGUGGUAUUGGACUUCUAGCCACUGUUCUCCCAUUCGUCAGCCCAAUAACAAAGUAUGCUGGAAAGAUCAAUGCAGCUGUACCUUUUAAUUAUCCUGUUCCAGUACGAGAUGAUGGAAACAUGCCUGACAUUCCUGCCCAUCCAAUGGAACCAAAAGGAAACAACCUUGAAUGGCUAAAAAAUUUCUAACUGUUUUUCACAAACCCAACAUCUGGGCAUGUUCAUGUUUGUGUUUCACUUCUGUCGGCCAUGUUUGAAAAUAAAGAGUUUAUUUAUUACA